AUGCUUGCAGCCCACCUGGUGUUCAACCUUCCCACGUCCUCCCAUAUCACCCGCUCCUCCACACACUCCACUACACUAAGACCAUGCCCACCAGCAACCGAGCCCCCCAGCCCCCAAGUCACCCAGCCCCCAAGUCACCCAGCCCCCCAGCCACCCAAGUCACCCAGCCCCCCAGCCACCGAGCCCCCCAGCCCCCGAGCCACCCAGUCACCCAGCCACCCGGCCACCCUGGCUGCUCCCAGGUACCCAGCCCCCAAGUCACCCAGCCACCCCGGCUGCUCCCAGGGACCCAGCCCCCGAGCCACCCAGUCACCCAGCCCCCCAGCCACCGAGCCACCCGGCCACCCCAACCAUCCAGUACCCAGCCACCCCGGCUGCUCCCAGGUACCCAGCCCCCGAGCCACCCAGUCACCCAGCCCCCCAGCCACCCGGCCACCCCAACCAUCCAGUCACCCAGCCACCCAGCCCCCCCAACCAUCCAGCCACCCAGCCCCCCCAACCAACCAUCCAGCCACCCAGUCACCCAGCCACCCCGGCUGCUCCCAGGUACCCAGCCACCCAGUCACCCAGCCACCCCGGCAGCUCCCAGUUACCCAGCCCCCCAGCCACCCGGCCACCCCGGCAGCUCCCAGGUACCCAGCCCCCCAGCCACCCAGUCACCCGGCCACCCCGGCUGCUCCCAGGUACCCAGCCACCCAGCCCCCCCAACCAUCCAGCCACCCAGCCCCCCCAACUAUCCAGCCACCCAGCCCCCCCAACCAUCCAGCCACCCAGUCACCCAGCCCCCCAGCCACCCAGUCACCUGGCCACCCCGGCUGCUCCCAGGUACCCAGCCACCCAGCCCCCCCAACCAUCCAGCCACCCAGCCCCCCCAACCAUCCAGCCACCCGGCCACCCCAACCAUCCAGCCACCCGGCCACCCCGGCAGCUCCCAGCCACCCAGCCCCUGAGCCACCCAGCCCCCCCAACCAUCCAGCCACCCAGCCCCCCCAACCAUCCAGCCACCCGGCCACCCCGGUAGCUCCCAGCCACCCAGCCCCUGAGCCACCCAGUCACCCAGCCACCCGGCCACCCUGGCUGCUCCCAGGUACCCAGCCCCCAAGUCACCCAGCCACCCCGGCUGCUCCCAGGUACCCAGCCCCCGAGCCACCCAGUCACCCAGUCACCCAGCCCCCCAGCCACCGAGCCACCCGGCCACCCCAACCAUCCAGUCACCUAGCCACCCAGCCCCCCCAACCACCCAGCCCCCCCAACCAUCCAGCCACCCGGCCACCCCGGCAGCUCCCACCCACCCAGCCCCUGAGCCACCCAGCCCCCCCAACCAUCCAGCCACCCAGCCAACCCGGCUGCUCCCAGCCACCCAGCCCCCCCAACCAUCCAGCCACCCGGCCACCCCGGCAGCACCCGGCCACCCAGCCCCUGAGCCACCCAGCCCCCCCAACCAUCCAGCCACCCAGCCCCCCCCAAUCAUCCAGCCACCCAGCCACCCAGCCCCUGAGCCACCCGGCCACCCCGGCUGCUCCCAGCCACCCAGCCCCCCCAACCAUCCAGCCACUCGGCCACCCCGGCUCCGGAGCCUAG